GUAUAGAUAUUUUACUCCUGACAUAUUUAAUUUACAAAAUAUAUUUACACAAAAUGCAAAAUACUUUAAAUGAAAAUCCAGGCCAAAUAUCACCUCCUGUAGGAUUACAGGAACUUAUGUCUGAUAUAACCAGAGAAGUACUAAGAGCUCAGCCGCAAAACAUCUACAGUUUCAUAGCUAAUUAUUUGGAAACCUUACUUGAAGUCCGAAAUAACAUCUCCAUUGCUGCUGACAUAUGCAAUAAUUUAAAUGAAAGCUGUUACCAAACAGAAUUGAUUGAGGAGCUAAGAAAUAUCGGUCUUAUUGAUGAAGACGUAGACAAAGCUGCGGAUAUUAUUAAAGAUUUUUUGGAAACUGAUAAAGUGAGAGAAACAAACUUAUUUCUGCAAAUAUUAAGAAAAACCAGUACACAGGAGAGUCAACUAGCGGCAAUUCAAAAUGCAGUGCAAAAGGCUUUUCGAAAACAUCGAUUAAACCAAUCUAAGAUAAAUUCCUGUCAAAAAAAUGCAGCGUGGUAGCGCUGCGUUGUCAAUUGACACCCCCUUGAAAAUUAAAAAAAAUACAGGUGAUACCGCUUCAUCAACAUCUCUCGCCGGAUCUUACAUAGAACUUCCGAGGCAUGUACCAUAUUCGGCGCAUGAUAACCUUUCCAUUAUAGCAGAAGGUAAUACAGCAAGUUUUGACACUGAAAAUAUAUCAGAUAUUUGUGUUGACGAGUUUGAUAGUGGAAGCGAUAGUUUAACAUUAUCCAAAAAUGUAACCUUUUCUCUGGCUUAUUCUUAAUUCACUACGAAUAAUUAAGUAAAAUAUCAUGAAUAAAAAUAAUAGAAAAUUCAUUUAGAUACUUGUGACCUUAAGAUUUUUCUAUUUUGUAAUACUUUCUUUAUAUUUAGAUUAAUUUAUAUAUUUAAUUUGCUACUUUAUAUAUUUUUAUGGCUAUCUGAAAAAACUAUAUUUUA